GGCUGUAAUUUAUCUUCAUGGUGGUGCCUUUAUCAUCGGAAGUUGCAAGAAUUCGGCUUAUGACUUGCUGAACAGAGAGACGGCAAACAAACUUGAUGCUGUUGUUGUGGGAGUGGACUUUAGACUAUCUCCUCAAUAUUAUUUCCCUGCUGCCAUUGAAGACAUUCUUUCUGUGGUCAAGUUCUUUCUACAGGACAAAAUUAUUGAACGAUAUAGAGUGGAUCCCAUGCGAAUCUGUAUUGCAGGUGAUAGCAGCGGGGGUGCAUUGACAGCAACAGUGACUCAGCUGCUAAAGAAUGACCCAGGAUUCAAAAAUAAAAUUAAGGCUCAAGCUUUAAUUUACCCUGGUUUACAAGUACUUGAUUCCUUAGUGCCAUCUCAACAAGAAAAUGAACAUGGCCCGUUGCUAACAAGAGAUAUGGCAAUUAAAAUGGCAUGCUUAUAUUUGACCAGAGAUGAAGCACUUCCUCAGGCAAUGAGAAAAAACCAACAUAUGCCUCAAGAAUCAAGACAUCUGUUAAAGUUUGUCAACUGGAGUAACUUUCUUCCUGAUAAAUAUAAAAAGAACUAUAUUUAUAUGGAACCACUUCUUGGAAGACUUAAUUUAUCAUAUCCAGCACUUUUGGAUAGUAGGUUAUCACCCUUGUUAGUGAAUGAUUCCCAGUUACAAAAGUGUCCAUUAACUUAUAUCCUCACCUGUCAAUAUGAUAUUCUAAGAGAUGAUGGACUUAUGUAUGUCACACGACUUCAAAAUGUUGGAGUUAAUGUUGUUCAUGAUCAUUUAGAGGAUGGAUUUCAUGGAUCUCUAUCAUUCAUGUCAUCACCAUUUUAUUUACAAUUAGGCAUUAGAAUAAAAGAUAAGUAUAUUAGUUGGUUAGAAGAAAAUCUAUAA